UCACUGGUGAUGGUAACUGCUUUUUCAGGUCUGUGGCUUUUGCUAUAACUGGAAGUGAGAGAGAACACAGGAAAAUCAGGUGCGCUGUUGUUGCCCACAUACUAAGAGAUGAAUCCAGGUAUGCCGCUUGUCUGAGAGAAGGUCACUCUUCCGUCACUCAGUAUGUUGCCGCAUCACGGAUGAAGUACGUUGGUACUUGGGCAUCUGAGAUUGCCACUUCUGAUGUGCCUUCAUCGUGUCGUCGGAGACUGGAACGACAGAAAAGACGGUAUGAAGUAAGUAAGGUGUACAAGGAGGAACAACUUGAGAGAAGCACAAAGCGCUACCGUGAGAAUGAAGUGUACAGAGAUCAUGUGAAGCAGUUGAGCAUCUGUAAGUAUGCCACAGACGCUGAUCAUAGGCAAUAUGUGAGACAGUCGAGUGUCAAUAAAUAUGCCACAGACGUUGAACACAGGGAACGUGUCAAGCAGUCGGGUGUGAAUAAAUAUGCCGUAGACAUUGAAUACAGGGAACGUCUCAAGCAGUCGAGUGUGAAUAAAUAUGCCGUGGACAUUGAACACAGGGAAUGUGUCAAGCAAUCGAGUAUUGAUAGAUACAAAACAAACAGCCAGCUUGCUACUGCAGUAAAAAGCAGAAAUAUUGAAAAACGGGUGAAAGAGAAGAAUAAAAGAAAGGAUAUUCAGUAUGUGAUUGAACAGUUUAGAGAGAAAAUUAAUACAGGACCUGUGUACAUUUGUUCAGUGUGUCAUCGAAUGCUGUUUAAACAUCAAGUUGUCAUAUGCAGGAAAGACGAAUACUUGAGAAAAUCAGAAGGGGUUGCUUUAGUGGCAUCGCGGUGUAUCACAGAUACAUACAUGCAUAAAUGUGUAGAUGCCUGUUCUGAAAACUGUAGUGAUCUGAGGGGCCCUGCAGGUUCAUUGUGGAUUUGCUACACAUGUCACAGAAAGAUUCUUGAUGGGAGAAUUCCAGCUGAGAGUGUCACAAACAAUCUAGCCUUACAGCCAGUCCCUGCUGAGUUGCAAUGUUUAAAUUCACUAGAACAGCAUCUGAUUGGUAUGCAUAUUCCUUUCAUGAGGAUUGUGUCUUUGCCAAAAGGUGGACAAAAUGGUGUUCAUGGUCCGGUGACUUGCGUCCCAUCUAGCAUUCCAAAUGUAGCCCAAGCUUUACCGAGAGUGAAAAACGAUGACCUUAUGAUACGCGUGAAGCUGAAGAGGAAGUUAACUUACAAAGGA